UCAGCGUGGUGCACUACACCAGCGCCAUAGUUUACUAAAAUCACCGCGCUUAUUUUUCUCAAAAACUUUCUGCGCAAAUUUUUAGAAUUUCCCACGCUAAUUAGAAAGUUUUCUUUGUGCAGAACGCGAAGAAAAUUCAGUGAAAAAGUGGACUAAUUACGCCAAGUGCGAGAAAGAGGAAAAGUUUAGUGUUUCUACUGCGAGAUGGGAAGGAAGAAGAAAAAGGCGUCGAAGCCGUGGUGCUGGUACUGCAACCGGGAGUUUGACGAUGAUAAGAUUCUGGUACAGCAUCAAAAGGCAAAACACUUUAAAUGUCACAUCUGCCACAAAAAGCUCUACACAGGUCCAGGACUCUCAAUUCAUUGUAUGCAGGUUCACAAGGAAACAAUUGACAAGGUGCCGAAUUCUCUGCCAAAUCGGUCCAAUAUUGAAAUUGAAAUCUACGGAAUGGAGGGAAUCCCAGCUGAGGACAUCAGGGAACACGAACGAGCCAAGAAUGGGAAUAAGAGUGAUUCGGACGACGAUGAGCCGGCCACGAAAAAGACAAAACCAGAAAUGGGUGGGGGAAUGGGUGCAGCUACGGGUAUGCCUGUGAUGCCAAAUAUGAUGGCGCCCCAUUUACUAGGUCAAUACGGGCAGAUGAAUCCAAUGCUCGGGCAUAUGGGUCCCAUACCGCCGGGUGCAUACAUGAAUCCCGGUGCUGGGAUGCCAAUGAUGAAUCCUCACAUGCUCGGUGCCCCAGGGAGGCCACUCUUCCCAUCUGCCUCGCAUCCGGGCAAUAGCCUCACCCCCACAAUGCCUGCCAAGCCAACUUUCCCAGCCUACAGCAAUGCUACAAUUAGUGCACCACCAACAACAAAUUCAGCAGGAAAUGUCAAUACACCACCCACAUCGGACGCCUACAAAGCACCUCCAAAUACAAUCCCCGCAUCGGGAACAACGUCAAAGAUUAUGCAUCCACCGGAGGAUUUGAGUUUGGAGGAGUUGCGUGCACGGAAGACAAAGUACGAGCGCAAAGUUGUGCCACCGGCUACGUCAGCUGUGUCAGCAGGGAUGCUGGGGAAGAUGCCACCGGUGCAUCAUCAUAGUUUACCCACGACGUCUGUUACAAUGCAAAUGAGCAGCAGUUAUGCCCCCGUGACAACAAGUGCUCCGGCCAUUGUGUCAUUUCCCGAGUUUUCUUUUAAGCAUGCCGCCGCUGUGGCUGCCCAUGCUGCUGCCACACAGCAAAAACAAUUGGAAGACUUGAAUAGGGCAGUGAUGAUGCAAAGAAUCCAGCAGGCACGGCAGACUGGGCCUCCAUUGGGAAUGAUGCCUGUGGUUUCUAGUCCGAUGUCUUUGGUGCCACCAAUGAUGAGACCCGCAAUGAAUUUUCCGCCCCAGACUGCCACUCUUUUGGGAAGCAAUAUGAUGAGAUCUCCGUCUCCUGCAUUAGGAAUACCCGGUGCAGGAGGACUCCAUUCUUUCUCCACAGCAGCAGGUUUAAUUACACCAAUACCCGGAAUUGUCCCACCGGGAAUGGGUGUGAUGAUUCCGGGGCCGCCGAUGCUUCCCAUGAUGCCACCGAGAUUUCGGUGAUCUCCCCAGGCUGGGCCGCUGCGCUUGGCUCCCGUAAUCCAUCUUCCUGUGCCUGUGGUGUAUCCUUAAAAAAUGAAAAGAAUACCUCUGACUUCGAAUGAAAAAAAAAUCAAUAAAAAAAAGAAGGAAUAACAUCACGUGGAUGCAAAAGAAAAAAUAAAUUGAGAAUAGAUGUGAGGAGACACAGCAAAAAAAAGAGAGAUUCAAGGAGAGUGCAAGAAGUGAAGUGGAUGAAAAACACUCGGAAGUCAGCACAAAAAAGAUGAUGAAAACAUUGCAAUGAGAACCUUUCACACAUACACACACAAAAAAAAAGAAAAAAAAAACGUUUAAAAGUUUAAAAAAAAACACAUGAAAUGAAAAUGAAAAAUUUAAAACUGUUUGGAGCAAGAAAAUUGUUGUACAAAACUCCGCUGAUGAUUAUUUUUCAUCGAUCUUUAUUCGAAUGACGGAGGUCAGUAAAAUCAUAUAUUUUUUUUUCUUAAAUAACUAUAAAACCUUUUAGAUUUUUAUUUUACAACCUGCCCUGUUUCCCCUUUACCCCCCAAUUAUCCCUCAAUCUAAUGGCACUCACAACACAAAAAUAUUCUUCAGAAUAAUUAAUUUUUUUUUCAAAAAGAGAAAUAUCUGAUGGAAUAUUUCAAAGAGAUAGAAUUUUGACUUUUUUUUAUUGAUAAAUGAAUUUAAGGAUUAGUUGUUGUUUGUUUAGGAAAUGAUUUUUAUUUUUGAAGUAUUCUAUCAAUUAUUUUCUCUCUAUUUUGUAGAAGAAGAAAAAAAACUAACAAACAGAAAAGUCUUUAGGACAACACACAAACACUUACAGAAUAAAUUAAAUAGGACGGAUCCAGGGUUUUUUUUCUCGAUUUUUUGAAUGUUGGGAAUUUUUAGUUCAGAGGAAGAAAGAAUUUUGAAGUUCUUGGCAGGAUAUUGAAAAUGAGAAAUUCACAAAAUCGUGAAUUUUAGAAUAUUUUUCUUCGUGUUUUCAGUUUCAUUUAAUUUGUUUUUUGUUGCGAAGAGUUUUAAUCGUAUAAAUUGAAUUUGCAUGAAGCUGCAUUAUUGCAAAUUUAAUUAAUUUUUUAAUCCUGAAUUACAGGGUGUGCCACAAAAGUAAGAAUUAAGGUUAUGGCGGAGUUUUCUUUGAAAAUAUCUUUCUUUUGAAAACGUUUCGGUAUUUUUUUGUAUCAUUAGAAACAUUAAAAAUUACUAAAUUGCAGUUAAUUAAAGAAUAAAGAAUAUUUCAAGGAUGAGUCAGCGUUUGUCCAAAAAUUCUUAAAAGGGCUAAGAAGGAAUGUUUGAUCGCUAAGUAGGAUCGAUUCUCUCACAAUACAACUGAUUGCCAGAUUUGCCCAGAUUAGGGAAUAAAUUAAAAUUGUUUCCUCAAAAUUUGAAUGAAUACGAUUAAAGGAAAAAUUUUAGGAAUAAAAGAAAAUUUUCAAGAAUUAUGGUCAAUUAUGGUUAAGAAUUGAGUUUUCCAUAAAAAAAUGAAAUCAGAUUCUAGAAUUUAAAAAAAAAUCUUAAGAAAAUCAUUGGAACCAAUAAGAACAUUUUAUUUAGCCUUUUCUUUGUAAAUUAAACGUUUUCUAAUGGGAAAACAAUUACCGAAAUUAAUUUAAAAUCAGAAUAAAACUUAAGAAUAAUUGUGGCUCACCCUGUAUUUCAACAAAUUGAAUAUUUUUGUUAAUAUUUCGGGCAAAUUUCGUUUUUUUUUUUUUUUUUGAGAAUGCUGUUAAACUCUUUCUGAAGUAAUUUUUUUUUCGAUAAAAUAUAGGACAGAAAACAACACUAAAAACACAACAUUACACAAAAAAUUAAACAUAACAAAUAUAUAUUAUACCUCUUACCUAUUUAAUUAGUAUACAUAUAAUAUGAUAUCUAGAAUCAAGUAUAAUUAUAAUAGAAAGAAAAAAAACAAACAAAUAAUUUAAAAAAAAAUUCUCCUGAAUGGACAUUUUUUUAACAAAUCAAAAUUGCUAAUCUUUCAAACAGCAAUCGUGAGUAUAAUGAUAACGCGAUAUGAUGAUGAUGAUGAUGAAAAAGAAAGAAAAACAGGUGAACUUACAAAAUUAUUUUAUUUAAUAUUACUAUAUAUCUAUAUAUAUUAUUGAAAGUAUGUAAUUUGUGUCAUUUGUUUUUUUUUUUACCUUUUGUUCUUUGGAAUCUUUGCAACAACAAAAAAAAAACAACUUUAAAAAAAAUCAAAUUGUGCGUGAAUUGAUGUUGGAAUUUCUUCUUUUUCUCUUAUCUCACACACAACACUGUGUAGUGGGUGGAAGUUUUCUUUUUUUUGUUUUCUUUAAAAAGAAAAUCAAAAUAUUUAAUUUUAAAAGGCUUGAUUGAUAUAAAACAAAAAAAAGCGUUGCUGUUGUGAGAUAUUGUGGAAAAAAGACAGAAAUUUCCUUGCGAUUGAAAUGCAUUCAAUUUCAAAGUUUUCUCAAUUUUUGGAGCAUUUUUCUUUACAUAAUUAAUUUACAAUUUAAUUUCUUUGGUGUGGUGCAACCAAAAAAUGCUUCUUUGUGGUGCGCACGAUUGAAAAAAAAAACUCACAAAAAUUAUUCUUUCCCAUUCAUGUCCUUUCUUUCAUUACACAAAAUUAUUCUUUUUUACUUUUAAUUUAAUUUAAUUGUCUUUUGCUGCUUUAAAGCAUUAUUUAUUUGAAGGAAAAAAAAACAUUAAAAAUAAUAUUUUCACGUGGAUUGGGUUUUUACCAAACUUCCUCUAAAAAGAAUUUUCCUUUUCUGUUCUCUUUUUGUCUCUAUCAUUUCCUCUUUAUGGGCGCUUAAAGAUCACAGCCUUGGGGGCUGGAUGGGGCAGAAAGAAUAAAAGUAUUGUAUAAUGUUGAAGGUUUAACAUCAACCACACUCUGUGCUAUACAUAUUAUAGAAAAGAAGUAAUUGAAAGCAUUUUAUUCGCAGGCGACAAAAUACACAAUGAAUUAUUUAAGCUCCUUGCCAAAGGCCAAAAACCAAAUGCCUCCCGUUUUUACCUUAACGUGGGGGUGGGAUUUUCUCUACAAAAUCCCUUUUUCUUCAUUUUGAAAAAAUAAAGAUGUUUGCUCCAGAUUUAAAGUCAAAUGUAAUCCGAUAAACUGAUUUUGCAACAACAACAAAAAAGAAUUGGAUUAAAUAAUUCUUGUUGAAGUUUGUCACAUCAAUUCCACAAAAUAUAUUAUUCUCUAUUAUUAAUAUAUUGAGUGCGAGAAAAAAUACUUAAUUGUUGUUAAUUUUUUUUUUCAUUUUGUAACAUUUUAAUUUGUUUUAUAUUUUCGAAAAGAAAUUGUGGUAUAUUGAUGGCAUAAAGUUAUGCUAAUAUUUGACCACAUUCAGUGAAUAUUUUCUUUAAAUUUAAAUCGUUAAAAAAAAGAAAAAUCUCUCGAGAAGAAUUUUAUUUGCUGGAGAAAAUUCUUCUUCUAACGAAAAAGAAAAUAAUUUUUCUUGCACACAAUAUUGUGUAACCUAUUUUAUUUGUUUCUGGGACGAAAUAUGUAAUUUUUUCUUUGUGAGGAGAUUUUUUGAAAGGCAGUUGGAGAUGGACAAUUAAAGCAAAAAAAAAAAAGAAGCAGAAGUGGAAAAAGUAGUGAAAUAAAUGUGAAAUUAAACAAA